AUGAGCACCCCGUCUGUCGGGUGCCCUUUACAGUGGACCGGCUACUGUAGGCUUAUCCAAUCAGCACCCGGAACCGCUAACAAAAACUUCCCCUCGGGCGGGCGCGUUGCCGGGAAAGCCUGUCAGCUACGUCACAGGCGAUCCUUCGGCGAGCGAUCCGACAACAAGGGCUCAUCGACCAAGCAACAACUUCCCGUUCGGUUUGCGCCAGAUCCGAGAGAUCAUGUUACCUACAACAACAUCAAGACCGACGAGGACCUGCGCAUUCCCCAAACGUUGGGAUUGCCAUUGAAACACGACUUCGACACGCCUUCCAUUCUUCUACGCAAACCGACCGAUCUUCGUCUAGACAAUCUCAACGGCCCGGCGCCGAGUGACACCCCCGUCUGCCCGCCAUCAUCACAUGCCCGCCAUGCGGCUGACAGCCGUCGUCGUCGGCCGGCUCUCUUGUCGCGCUCAACUACCGCCGACACUUUCGAUUGCAACAAACCGGUGUUCCGGCCUCCUUUCACACAACCUGCUACGAACAUCGUCGAGACAGCCAAUACGCACCCCUUCUCCUUCACAUGGCAGAAGACAGGAGGGAAAGGAGGGGGAGCAGGAUAUGGUGGUCGGUAUUAUAGACCAAGGGUAACACUAUGGGCCAAAGCUGCCAAUGGCGCACUAGCCACUGCUGCCUUCGUUUCGCUCUCGGAGGAGGAUAACAUCGGAACGGAACAGACGGCCGAGUUGCGGAUGCUGCAGGUGUCGCGGGAGGAGAUGGAGAAGAAGGUUGGAGAGGACGUCACGGGGUUAAAGAGAAUUUGGAAGAAGAUGCUGGUCGGCAUCUUCGUGCCGGUGAUCAUUACGGUACCAGCAAUCUGGUUCGGAGAGCGCCAGCCGGAUCGCGACAACGAGCGAUCAGGGACGCUGUGGUGGUACGGGUUCUUGGUGCAGGCCAUGGAGUGGGCUGGUCCUGCUUUCAUCAAACUUGGACAAUGGGCCGCCUCGCGAUCGGACAUCUUCCCCGAUGAGAUGUGCAAUAUCAUGUCGAAACUACAUGCUGACGCCCCUGCGCAUUCUCUCAACGCUACGAAGCGUAUCGUUGAGGAAGCAUUCGGCGGUCGCCACUUUGACGAGAUCUUCGAGGAAUUCGACGAGAAGCCGUUGGGUGUUGGCGCUAUCGCGCAGGUCUACAGGGCCAAGCUAAAACCGGACCUCACCAUGCCUGCUGAUGCCGACGUCUCCGAUUCGAGCCGCCGGUUUGCCAAAAACGUCGGGACUGUCUUGAAGUCUACACCGAAACGGGUUCCGUCGUCCUACGUGGCCAUCAAGGUGCUACACCCCGGCGUCGAGCGGACCGUACGGCGCGAUCUCCGGAUCAUGGGAUUCUUUGCGCGCAUGAUCAACGCGAUUCCUACCUUGGAGUGGCUCUCACUCCCAGACGAGGUUGACCAAUUCGGUGAGAUGAUGAAGCUGCAGCUCGACCUGCGCAUCGAAGCCGCCAACUUGUCCAUGUUCCGCAAGAACUUCAAAGACCGCACAACAGCCUGGUUUCCCUACCCUUACACCGAGUUCAGCACCCGCAACGUGCUCGUCGAGGAGUUCGCCCAUGGCAUUCCCCUAGCGGACUUCAUGGCGAACGGCGGCGGCGUCUUCCAGAAAGAGAUCGCUAGCGAAGGUCUGGACGCUUUCUUACGCAUGCUCCUGCUCGACAAUUUCGUCCACGCCGACCUCCACCCGGGUAACAUCAUGGUGCGCUUCUACGAGUCCGACAAGCCCACGCUCAGCCUGCACUGGGACAAGCCCAGCGACGCUCACCCGGAAAACGCGGCAGGCAGCAAGAAAAACGGCGACGUGACGGAGCACGUCCUUGCCCGCCUGCGGCCGUACAAGCACAACAAGGAAGCCUGGGACGCCGAGCUAGAGAAGAUCGACAAGGAGGGAUACCGCCCGCAGCUGAUCUUCAUCGACACCGGUCUGGUCACGGAGCUGAACGCGACCAACCGCGCCAAUUUUCUGGAUCUGUUCCGCGCCGUGGCCGAGUUCGACGGGUACAAGGCCGGCCACCUCAUGUGCGAGCGCUGCCGCCAGCCGGACGUGGUGCUCGACAAGGAGGUGUUUGCGCUCAAGAUGCAGCAUCUGGUGCUGGGCGUCAAGAACAAGACGUUGGCGCUGGGGAACAUCAAGAUUGGCGAUAUCUUGCAGAACGUGCUGAACAUGGUGCGGCAGCAUCACGUCAGGCUGGAGGGGGAUUUCGUCAAUGUGGUUAUCAGCAUCUUGCUUCUGGAGGGCAUCGGGCGGUCGUUGGAUCCGGAUGUGGAUCUGCUCAGCAGCUCGCUUCCUAUUUUGAGACAGCUGGGGGCCCAGGGUGGAAAGGAUAUGUUGAUGGAGGGCGAUGUGCAUAUGAUGUUUGUUUGGCUGGGGUUGGAGGCCAGGAGGUUUGCGCAGGCUAGUAUUGAGGAUGUUGAACGGUGUGUCAAGUAUGAUUUACUGGCGCCGAAUGUGUAA